CACUUCAGGAAAAGGACAGUUUAGCGUAUGUGAUUUAGUUCAUCGUUUGUGCUGCGGCGUCAAAACCCACAAAAUUGCUCUUGAAAGCUGUGCAAAUCUUGCAAAAAAACUAUCGUUGUUCGUGGUGGUGCUUGCAAUUGUGCGGGGGCUUGGCCGAAUAAGUGUGUUUUUCAUAAUUCCAGUGGGCUGAAAAACGGAGAAUCUCCUUUCUGAAGAAGCGUUCCGGACGGCAUAGCUUCCGGUGUAGAGUGUUCUAAAUUUUUAUUGUGCUUCCGAGAAAAGGAAGGAAAAGACGGAACAAACUUGGAGGUGUGUUGAUUGUGACUUGUGGGCAAAAGUAGCGGUCAGCUCAUUUUUAUUCCCACUUUAAAGAGCAAGAUUUUUAUUUGGUUCAAUCGCCGAAGAUUCAAUUAUAUCACACUCUUUAAUUUAUUUGUUGUGCUGCACGCAGAUUUUUACAUUAAUUUUCCGCUGUUCUAAGGUACACAAAGUAAUAGGUUUUGUUGCCCCUUGCUUUUCGUGACACAGCGGAAGAAAAAAUCUAAACGGAAUAUAGUGCUUGUGUAUAUGCGUGUCCGGCCACUGAUCCACAGGAUUCAGAGACUUAAGAAACCAGGCCGGCGCAUCCAUACUACGCUACCAUCGCUACCCGCCCGCGACGCUACUACCAUCUCCUCCAUUCAUCGAGUAGUGUCGAAAGCAGCAAUCAUUGAAUCACGAUGAAACGAAACGACACGCAAAUGAACGUUGCUGGCAUACGCAGAAACAUCAAGAACCUCGCACACAACUACUCAGAUGCCCAGAUCAAGGUACGCGAGGCGACCUCCAACGAUCCAUGGGGCCCCUCAUCGACCAUCAUGGCGGAGAUCGCCGAUCUCACCUACAACGUGGUGGCCUUCUCCGAGAUAAUGCAAAUGAUCUGGAAGCGAACGAAUGACCAUGGGAAAAACUGGCGCCAUGUGCACAAGGCGCUGCUGCUGUUGGAGUAUUUGAUAAACACGGGUACGGAAAAGGUGGCGCAACAGUGCAAGGAAAACAUCUACGCAAUUCAGACGCUAAAAGAUUUCCAAUAUAUGGAGGAGGGUAAAGAUCAGGGAAUGCAUGUGCGGGAGAAAGCCAAGCAGCUGGUGGCACUGCUGAAGGAUGACGAGAAACUGAAGAACGAGCGAGCGAGAGCACUGAAGGCGAAGGAACGAUUUGCGCGGACAGCCAGCGGAUUCGGAUCGGAUGGGUCCAUCGACGGACCGACGCAUAAAGAUGUGCGUUCUGCCAAUUGGAGCGAAAGUGAAAGCAAACCAGUGUCAGAAAUUGAAUUCGUCAGACCUCAGACUGUGGGAGAGGAGGAACUUCAGCUGCAGUUGGCGAUGGCGAUGUCCCGGGAGGAGGCCGAGCAGGAAGAGCAGAAGCGUAGGAGUGAUGAUGUGCGAUUACAACUUGCACUCAGCCAAAGCGAGCAAGAUUUCAAGAAAGAUCCUAUGCCUGAAAGUUCCGCUCUGGUUGAUUUGUUGGAUAUUUCCUUUGGAGCAGCCGGUAUUUCCAGUCCCUCUCAACAGCCGAGAUCAUCGAAUAGUGCGGACCCGUGGGGUUUGCCAGCACCAGCCGGAGGAUCGAGACAACAGCUGUCGAAUUUCACGGAAAGACCACCAUCUGCGGUUGCCGAUCCGUGGUCACGAACUUCUUCGCCUCCGGUUGUGGACCCUUGGUUGAACAGUGCCGCUGCUCUGCCUCCGCCGGCCUCGAAGCCACCACUGCUGGGUGCUGCCAUGGGAGGUGGUCAGCUAGAUGCGUGGGCCCCAGUGCGAACACAGUCCCCCUCGGUCACAUCGGGCUCGUCCGCUGAAGGUUGGCUCCAGAAUGGAACUGGUGCGUCAGCAGCAGCGGCAGGAGCAAACGGAAAUGUCGAUCCUUGGCUUGGCAAAGUAUCCGCUCCCAGUGCGCCUGCAACCGAGGCGUGGCAGCCAAAACGAACCACACCAGUGCCUACGGCUGAUCCUUGGCAGCCAACUACGAACGUUACUAAACAGGACCCAUGGGCACCGGUUGCUGGUGGAAUCGAUGGAUCUUUUGCGCUUCCUGCCCAUCGACCCUCGCCUGUUGGAGCCAUUACUUCACCUGCCUCGGACCUUGAUGAGUUUGACAUUAUCACAAAGAGGAGUAUUAACAGUAACGCUAUGAAUAACAACUUGGCGAAUAGUGGUGGAUCGCUUCUUGACGAUUUAGAUCCCUUGUCGUCUAGCAACACUUCCAGCUCGGCCAGCAAUUCCAUCUCGACUCCAUCAGCGAUGGCGAAAAAAACUCCAGCAUCGUUCCUCGGUGAGAACUCCUCAUUGGUAAACCUAGACAACCUGAUUAAGCCCGUUACCACUAGUACUGCUGGACCGGCGGCCUACAAUCCCUUCGGUGAUUCGGUGCCGGCUCAGGCGACUCAGAAAAACCUUUUCCAGCAGAAUCAGCCACAGGUUCCGUCCAUUAAUCAGUUGAAACAGUCACCCUUCCCAGUGACACUGAACCAGGAUCCGUGGGCACCGGUUAGCUCCACAGCGACGGCCCAAUUUGAUGAAAAUGAGCCUAAAUAUGGAAUGUUGUAUUCCUCAACUAAUAACGUCUCUUCGCUUGGUCUAACUGAAGAGAUAGAGCGUGGCUUUGAUGCUAAUAGCAAUGCUAUCGAUUGCAAUAACAACAACACUUCAGUCGGUGACGGUACUGAUGAUGUUUUCAAUACUAACUUCCUUGAUACGACAUAUGGGGGUAAAUUGGCAGGUGGCCCGCGCCCAUUCGAUGAACUUGCUUAUCAAAAACUAACGCCCGCCGCUUUUCCCACCACUAAUGACAAUAAUAAUGCAGAAUUGGGCGUCUUUUCCGAUUUUGGCGCUACGAACAGCGACCGUUAUGAUGUAGAUUAUUUUAAAGCUAACAAUAACAAUAUUAACAACAACGCACCUUGGAUGAAUCAACAAUCAUCGAAUCCAUUCCUAUCGUAAUUAAUAGCAAAAUUCAGUUACUAAUAGUGGCGAGAGAAACAAAAAAGCUGAAUUAGGAGAACAACAACGAGCGGGGGAAGCACUCGCGUCAGAUCGUGAAAUCAUACAUUUUCAUCUGGAGAGGGGACACAAUCAGCCCAGGGAUACAGAAGCCGCAAAUAAACCAAAUCAUAGAGACUGGUCGACAUUGAAGAUGCAAUGAGAAGGAAAUGAACAGGAAAACUUGCGCGGAAUCAAAAAACAAUGACGUUUGUAAGCAGGAUUGCGACCAAUAAACAGCCACCUGUGAAGCACUCUCUCACUCUCUCCGCAUAUACAUAGAACAAAAAUGAAAGAAAAUCGAAAAUGCCUUACUAAUAGUUUAAAAACAAUAUGGAUCGUGAAUUACAGAAAUAGUAAUUAUCUCGUACGGUAUCCAAAUCCACCGGAGUUUCCUCUGAUAAGUUUGUAGCAGAGGCUACUGACAAAUGCCGGGAGCAUGGCACCUGGAGGAUGAAUUUGGGUACGCGGUGCAAACGCAAAUUAAAAAUAAAUACAAUUUUGAAUGUCAUUUGCAAAACAAAAAUAUAAAUCACGAUGAUAAAAACUAGGCAACUAACAAAAUACAUGAGUAAACUUUUUUCGUAAAUGUGAUCAUUGUUACCACAUACUUUUUACAUGAGAAGAGCUGCGACAGUCCUGAAUCCCGACACCCGCAAUCAAGCCGUGAACACGAAAGGAUUUGGCACUAUUUUUCUACUCGUUUUUCUAUCACUGAUAUUUCCGAGAGUAUUUAAGAUAGAUGCAGAAAUUAAGCGAGCUACGAACGGAGGGUAUACCAUUGCCCCGAAUUGAACUUUAGGAAACAUUUUACCAGAUUGCUGCUUGAGUUCCGUAAGACUUGCAUUGGUGUAUGCGCUCCAUCAAUGGACCGAAAAACGUUUUCGUUUUCUUUUAUGUUUGUCGCUUUUAUGUCGAGCCAGGUGAAACAAAAAAACGUGCUCUAGGAAGCAAACCAUAGCUGAACUACUAAUAUAUGAUAUACGUGCAUCCUACAAAAAAACUGGUUACUGAUAAAGUAUUUUUCCCUUUUUUAAUUUUACAACAACAAAUUAUAUUUUUCGUUCACUCGUACUGAGAGAUUGCGGAGAGCUUCUUUUGCAGAUAUUUAUUCAAAAAUAAAACAUAGUUAUUAUUGUCAUUCUAAGCGAAACUAUAGUUCUUUGGAGAAAAAAACAUAAUAUAUUUUUUUGCUUUUUAAAAUAGAUUCUAAACUAUUGGUGAUUACUAGUUUUCGUCUAGAAGAAGAAUAAGAAGAAGCAUAAUCCAAAUUGGGGGAGACAACAGAGAGUAUACACACUAACAGCAAAAAAAAACAAGAAGCCUUGUUUACUGAUAUAAGAUAUGUGUUAUUAAUUUCGGUUAGGGCGAUAAAGGAAGAUUUUUUUUCUCAGAAUUGCAAACUCUGCAGAAUUGACUAAUUCUAAGGCAUCCGAAGACUCUUCAAUUCAAGUUUGAGCACUGAACAAAAACGAAAGACGAAAAUUUGUAAAGAAUGAAUGCUGAGUAUGUAGGACGAAAGAAAGAAAUUAUAUAUUUUUAAAGGAAAUUGAACUGAUUUCAAUAAACGUA